UCCCAUUUUUUUUUUAAUCUUUCCGAGGAGAGAGAGAGAGAGAGAGAGAAGAGGCUUCUUGGUUUGGGUCCGUUACCAUUCUCUUUCUCUUCCUCUCGUCCACUGCUGAAAUCCGUUUGAAUUGGAGGCAAAGCGGGCAGCAGCAGCAGCGACGAGCAGCAUGAAUGAGAAGGCCAACGUCUCCAAGGAGCUCAAUGCAAAGCACAAGAAGAUAUUGGAGGGGCUUCUUAAAUUGCGAGAGAACAGAGAAUGUGCUGACUGUAAAUCCAAAGGUCCCAGAUGGGCGAGUGUGAAUCUUGGAAUCUUUAUAUGUAUGCAAUGUUCUGGAAUCCACAGAAGUCUUGGGGUACACAUAUCAAAGGUUCGGUCUGCAACGCUGGAUACAUGGCUUCCAGAGCAAGUUGCAUUCAUUCAAUCAAUGGGAAAUGAAAAGGCAAAUAGCUAUUGGGAAGCAGAGCUACCUCCAAAUUAUGACAGAGUUGGGAUAGAGAACUUCAUUCGUGCAAAGUAUGAUGAGAAAAGAUGGAUUCCAAGGGAUGGGAAGCAAAAACCUGUGCAGGAAGAGAGGACUUCUGUGAAUAGGCAGAGACCUGGGGACAGAGGCGGCCAUGGAUACACCAAUAAUGUAGAUCAUUCAUACGAAGAGAGGAAGAAGACUCCUCCGCCAGCUAGAAGCAAUUUCUCUGCUAUAAAGAAUAGUAUUCCUGCACCCCCUAAAGCAUCUGAUCAGGUGUCCCCUGAUCCAAGACGGCAACCUGCUGUGCAGAAAGAAGAACCAGUUGUACCGCAAUCUGAAUCAACAACACAGGCAGCUAAUGCUACAGCAGUUGUCUCACCUCCAAAAGUUGAUUAUGCCACUGAUCUUUUUAACAUGCUCUCAAUGGAUGGUCCAAAUGAAAAUGGCAGAGGCACUUCUUCUGUUGAUGAUAAUGCAUGGGCUGGAUUCCAAUCUGCAGAAGCAUCAUCCACAACAGAGACAGUCAAUUCUACAAAGCGAGCUGAAAAUAAGGCCUCAUCCACCUCUGGAAUUGAGGAUUUAUUUAAAGAUACUCCAUUAGUUACAUCCACUCCAGUUGAUGUAAAGAAUGACAUUAUGAGCCUCUUUGAGAAGUCCAAGAUGGUAUCACCAUUUGCUACCCAUCAACAGCAACUUGCAAUGCUGGCGCAGCAGCAGUCCCUUUUCAUGGCUGCCACAGCUAAAUCCAGUGCUGGCGCCCCAACGUUUCCUGGCAAUACUCAGCAACCUAGCUCUAAUGGCAUUCAUGUGCUUGGUGCCAGCGUGCCUACUCAAAACUGGUCAAAUGUUGUCUAUCAAGUACCUGGAAUGACAGUGCCAGGAGUUGGGUUCCAGAACUAUAUGCAGGUGGGAAACAUGAGACCUACAAAUACAGCAGUGAACUUGGUUCCCUUUCCAUCUGACGGCAUGUAUAAUAUAGGGUCAGUUGGCCCAACCAAUGGAGUGGCUACUACCAGUAGUGGAGUCAAUAAGCCUACCUCUGCAUCUUCUGUUUCUUCUGUCAAUCCUACUCAAUCGGUGAAAGAUGACGAUUUCUCAUCAUUAAUGCAGGGAAUGUUUUCAAAACCUUAGGCACUCAGGGAGUUGAGGGAAAAGAUUUAUUUCAUCUUACACCAGGUUACUAAUUUACAAAAAAUAUAGCCCUUGUGGGGGUGGGGGGAAGGAAUUUGCUGUAUUGAGCAUUUUGUAGAUGAAGUUUCAGUUUUUAUUUUUAUUAUAUUAUCUCUUUUCCCCUUAAAUUUCGGAGAUGUCUUCAUUUGUACUGGUAGUGUAUUCGGAUCAAUAAAGAUGGGUUUAAAAUUGCUUGGAUCA